GAAUAAAAUAAUUGUUUUGUUUCUAAUGAUGAUUUCGAAGGUGGCCAGCAGCGUUGGACUUGAUUAGUUGGGGAACGCCAGAGGGAGCUACGUCGCCCAACUGCAAGAAUGUGACAAAAUGUCAUUGAGGAAAAUCGUCGAACACUUGGGGUUCCACCGCACCACACUCUCCUUCUUCCCCUUCCACCACUCAUCGCGUCCACUUUCCUUUCAUUCACCUCAACCCCUUCACCAAGGAAACCAGAACCUAGACCCUCACUCUCUAUUGAAACAAGACCCAAUCGAAAUAUGCACUUCUCUAUGGGUAAAAACCUUCUCCUCUCCCCAAAACACCUCGUUCCCCAACCUCACCGGCUUUCUCUCCAACUUCGAUCUCUGGCUCUUAGCAUACCAACGCUCAUGUGCCCACGCCACCGGCACUUUCCCUCCGCGUAACGCCGUCGGCACCCCCGUUCUCCACUCCCUGCUCUCCCUCCGCAACGCCGUAAUCCGCAACCGUUUCGAAUGGAACAACAAAACGAACCCUCUCCUUCGUGCCCCCAACGACGCCGCCCUUUCAAAGCCCCUCUCUAAACGCAGACUCCAAGCCGCUAUCAAAUCCGACGCGUCCUGCUUCCAGGACCGCGUUGUUCAGGAGGUGCUACUCAUGAUUCUCGAACCGGUUUUUGAACGCCGGUUCUCCCCCAAAUCGCACGCUUUUCGACCUGGUCGAAAUGCCCACACGGUUAUUCGCACCAUUCGGAGUAACUUCGCAGGGUACUUGUGGUUCCUCAAAGGGGAUUUGUCUGAGAUUUUGAACCACGUGGAUCCAGAUGUUGUAAUGUGUUCCCUUGAAAAGGGUACUAGGGAUAAGAAAAUUCUGGGGUUGAUAAAAUCUGCGCUUGAAGGGGUAAAAGUGCGUAGUGUAUCGCGCAAGGAAGAGAACGUUGAGGAGUUGAGGAGACUUAAGAAGAGGAGGGCUACGAAGAAGAGGAUUCUGAAAGAGAAUGAGCCGAAACCUGAUCCUUAUUGGUUGAGAACGUUUUUUAGUUUUGCUCCUGAGGAGGCUGCUAAGGUACCUAAUUAUGGGCAUUGUGGGAUUUUAAGUCCUUUGCUUGCUAAUGUUUGUCUUAAUGAGUUGGAUUGUUGGAUGGAGAAAAGGAUUGUUGAGUUUUUUAGGCCUAGUGAGUUUGAUUCCAUAUGGAAGUAUUCGAUUGAUGAUGGGUGUCAUAACCCGGCAUGGCCCGAGUUUGUUCCGUCGAGUGGGAAGGAAAAGACUAGGAAGAUGGAUUACGUUAGAUAUGGGGGACAUUUUUUGAUUGGGAUUCGAGGGCCUAGGGAGGAUGCUGUGGAAUUGAGGAAGAAGAUUGUUGCAUUCUGUGAGAGUGUGUUUGGGGUGAGGUUGGAUAAUUCCAAGUUGGAGAUUGAACAUGUUACUAGGGGGAUACAAUUCUUGGAUCAUAUAAUAUGCCGGAGGGUGAUACACCCUACCUUGCGUUACACGGGUUCCGGAGGGAACAUUGUGAGUGAAAAGGGUGUGGGGACUUUGCUUUCUGUUACUGCUUGCUUGCAGCAAUGCAUUCGCCGGUUUAGGAGGCUUGAACUUGUUAAGGGUGAUAAGGACCCCGAGCCACUUCCGUGUAAUCCUAUGUUGUACUCGGGUCAAGCUCACACAAAUUCUCAAAUGAACAAGUUCCUUGAGACCAUGGCUGAUUGGUACAGGUAUGCUGAUAAUCGCAAAAAGGUUGUUGGCUUUUGUGCCUAUGUUGUUCGGAGCUCAUUGGCCAAAUUGUAUGCUGCUAGGUAUAGGCUGAAGUCCCGAGCCAAGGUGUAUGGAAUAGCUUCACGAAAUCUCAGCCGUCCUCUGAGGGAAAGCAGCAACAAUUCUGCACCUGAAUAUUCAGAUCUUUUGAGGAUGGGGCUGGUUGAUGCAAUUGAAGGUGUUCAAUUUUCGCACAUGUCUUUGAUUCCUUCUUGUGACUAUACUCCAUUCCCAAGGAAUUGGACCCCGGAUCAUGAGAGGCUGUUGCAUGAGUAUAUAAAACUUGAAAAUCCCAAGUUUUUCUGUGAGUUGCUCAGAUCUGUUAAGCAAAAAGGUUUAAAUCUGCCUCAAGAUGAAAUAUCACAAAUGGUAUGGGACUACAAAACUCGCGGAGUUUGUUAUUUUCGAUAUAACGAGGAUAACAAAUUAAAAUCUGAUUUUAAGGAGAUAACUGAGUAAACCUAAAAUAAGUGGAAUCUUCUCAAUAUCAAGGUUCUGCUUCCAAAUUGGUGUGAUAUGGUAGAAAAUUGGUUGUGUGCAUUGCCGAGCCUUUUGUUUGUUGAGUACUUCAGAGUGAAAAUCCCUCACGAGAAAUGGUAGUCAGUGCUGUACAUGAAAGGCAGAAUACUCCCAUUGGAUGGGUGCGGAACUCGGAUAGCAGCAUUGUAAUUAACUACUGAGUACUGACAAUUUGUAACAUAGGAAAAGAUACCUACUUGAGAGUGGAGUGGAGACUAUUCAUGACAUGAAGAAAACCUUGAUGAUUGAUAUACAUACAACUUGAGGGAAGUAAAGUUUUCAAGGUAUGAUGUUUAUCAUUCAGUGUACCACUUUUCCAGGAGCUUCCAGUUAGAUCCAUCCCAACUGUGGUAGAAACCGUCCUUUCUUACUGACCAAUAAACUGUUUGGUGGCCUUUGUCUCUCUUGGCAUGGUACACGUCCCAAGUGGUGAACCACGGUAACCACUCAGCAGUGCAUUUGGAAUGUUGAUCCUCUGUGAUAGUGCUGUUGCGGUGAUGGCCUAGUUUGAGAUAAAAGAAAGGACUUUUGUCGCAGCCAAGUUCCAAUUGCACCUUGGUGUUGUUGGGCAGGUCAUUUCGUAUGUCAACAACCGUGUUUGGGCAGUGAUUCUGAGGCCUAGCAAGUGUUGAUGUGGUCAGAAAAUAGGACAGAAAGAGUAGAAAGAAGGCGAAGAAGGGGUGGAGAAAACCCAUGAUGAUUGUAUCGCGUUGAUGGUUGAGUUGGUCUUUAAAAAUAGAGAGGGUGGAAACUUAUUAUUUUGUUGGGGUGUACAGUUCACACAAUUCCCGGUUGGUGUACCUUUAUCAAGAAAGGGUGAAUGGUUCACGGUUCCUCCAUUUUAGGAAAACCAUCAUGAUUUAUGCAAGACAAUAUUAGAAACCAGCCUGGACUAUCAACCAAAUCAAUAUUUAAGGUUUAUGUCAUAUUCAUCUUUAGUUGAGAUGAAUCAAUGACAACAA